UCCUUUUUUCGUUUCUACUAGUUAUAUUUACACAACUUUGCAAUUACCCAAAAAAAAAAAAAAAAAUUAUGUUUUUCACAAUUUUGCGUUUUUUCUUUGGCUGACAAAUUCCAAUCUUUUUGCAAGAAAUUGUUUUUUCACAUUGGUUUUCUUGGUAGAAAUAGAAAUGGAAGUAAUCAAUGCUUGCCCUAUUGGCAUUUGAUAACACGUGAGCGGUUUUUUUUCUUGUAUGUUUUUGUCAUGCUGAGAUUGAAUUUGAGAUUGGAACUUGGAAAAAGACUUCCUUUUUUCUGCUUAGCCACUACCAAAAACACCAUCUUUCUUGCUUCAAUCUUGCAACCCUUUCAUGUCUCCUUCUCCACCAAUGACCAUUCAAGAAAGUUGGUCUCUCUCUUGCUCAAAAACCCAUCAAACCGCCAUGCCACACAACAAAUCCACUCUCACAUUGUGACCACUGGUUUACUUCAUCACUACUACUUCCAUCAUUCUGCUAGUUUGUAUACGCUGGUGUUUAACACUUUGCUUAGAUGUUAUUCCCUUGGUCAAUUCCCUCAUGAAGCUUUCAUACUCUACAAACAAUCCCUCCACUGCCACUUUCCUUCUUCCUUUGAUAGCUUCACCCACUCUUUUCUUAUCCAUGCCUGUGCUAACUUGAGCUCCCUGAGCGGAGGGAUUCAGUUUCAUGCUCUUACUUUCAAAGUGGGUUUUCAUUUUCAUGUCUAUGUGCAAACUGCUUUGACUAAUAUGUAUGCUGUAUGUGGGUUUUUAGUUGAUGCUUUAUCUGUGUUUGAUGAAAUGCCUGAGAAGAACUCUGUUACGUGGAAUGUCAUGAUUACCGGUUUGACCAGGUGGGGCGAGCUUGAAAUUGCUCGUUUUCUUUUUGAUCAGAUGCCAAAUCGGACAGUUGUUUCGUGGACCGGUAUUAUUGAUGUGUACACACGUAGGAAUAAGCCUGAUGAAGCUGUAGCUUUGUUUCAAAGAAUGGUUGUCUGUGAUGGUAUUCAACCUACUGAAAUAACAGUUCUGGCAAUAUUGCCGGCCAUUUCGAAUCUUGGGGCUCUUGAGAUUUGCCAAUCCAUUCAUGCUUAUGGAGAGAAACGAGGGUUUAAUACAUCUGAUAUACGCAUUGCGAAUUCUCUUGUGGACUCAUAUGCAAAAUGUGGGUGCAUAUUGAGUGCAUCAAGGUUUUUCGAGGAGAUAUCUUCUGGAAGGAAAAAUUUGGUGACUUGGUCCUCGAUCAUCUCUGGGUUUGCUCUGCAUGGGUUGGGAAAUGAAGCAGUUCAGCAUUUCCAAAUGAUGGAGAAAGCUGGUCUGAAGCCUAAUCGAGUUACAUUUUUGAGUGUUUUAAACGGUUGUAGUCAUGGAGGCUUAGUUGAGGAGGGACUCAACUUCUUUGAUAAGAUGGUUGGCGAGUGUGAAAUUGCACCUGAUAUCAAGCACUAUGGAUGUUUAGUUGAUAUGUUAGGAAGGAUAGGGAGAUUAGAAGAAGCAGAGAAGGUGGCUUUAGGGAUUCCUAAUGAGAUUGUUAAUGUUGUGAUUUGGAGGACGUUAUUAGGUGCUUGUAGUUUUCACGGUAAUGUAGAGAUGGGGGAGAGGGUGACAAGGAAGAUAAUGGAGACGGAAAGAGGAUAUGGAGGGGAUUACGUGCUUAUGUCCAACAUCUUCGCGAGUGUUGGAAGGUAUGAGGAUGCUGAGAAGUUGAGAAGCCAGCUAGACAGGAGGAAGGCCUUUAAAGUUCCAGGCCAUAGUUUGUUCUAGCUAUACUCAAAGAUGGGCCAUAUUGAUACUUUAUGCAUGUUUUUGUGAUACUUUAUGCAUGUUCCAGGCCAUAGUUUGUUCUCAUGAGUUUGACAAUGUUCUAAUAUCUCAUCAUCUAGAAAAAUAUAGUUUUGAUCA